AUGGCCGUCAAUAUGGAGGCCACCUAUGGACACAUUAUCACUAAGGCGUUGAACAAGCUCACGGUAGAGUACAAGGUGCACAGUGACGACAGCGAAGAUGAUUCAGAGGAUGAAUUGCCCAGUGAGGAGUCGUCGAACAAUAACAACAACAAGAAACAGGCGACUGAGAAGAAUGUCAAUGCUGCUAAUGCUGCNGAGUCGUCGAACAAUAACAACAACAAGAAACAGGCGACUGAGAAGAAUGUCAAUGCUGCUAAUGCUGCUAAUGCUGCUAAUGCUAAUGCUGCUAAUGCUAAUGCUUCAACAACAACAUCAACAACAACACCAGCAAAUGCUUCAAAUGGAAAUGCUAAUGCUGCUAAUGCUAGUGCUUCAACAACAACAACAAAAACCACACCAGCCAAUGCUCCGAAUGGAAAUGCUAAUGCUGCAACACCAACAACCAAAACAAAUGCCACUUUUGUAGUGGUGAAUGGAACUACUGGUGCUACGCCAAUUACCACGGCCGCCACCACGCCGACCCAAAUUAAUCGCCCAAUUGCCAACUGCAAAACACGCAUUAGAGUGGUCGCUCCAAACAGUGGCCCUCGGGAGCUGAUUAACUUGGAGGAAGGAGAUGAUCUUGGAGGUGAUGACGAUGAUUUAGGAGAGGGCGACGAAGAAGAAGACGAAGAGGAGGAGGAGGAUGGUGGUGAUGAAAACUCGAUGGCUGUCCUGUCCCCCGUAGUGACUUUGGUGACAGCCGACAACAACGAUGAACAAUUUGACGACGAUGGUGAUGAUGAUGAGGCCGAGUUGUCUGAUGCUGCCAUGUACGAAAACUCAUCGGUCAUGAAGUCGGCCGUUGUCAGAGCAAAUGGUCUUGGUGGAAGUGGUGGUGGUCAACUGCAACUCUUCAACCAUCAGCAGCAGCAACCGCAGCAGCAGCAUCAACUGCAGCCCCUGCAGCGAACCCUGCCCGGCCUCUACAAUCGCAAGCGGAAGAUUCCCAAGAUGACGAUCAACACCACCACCGACUCGAGCAACGAGAGCAGCAACUACAUCCGCUUCGGCAUUCGCUGCCCGGUGGACGGCUGCGAGGUGAUCUGCGACUUCAAGGCGGAGCUCGAUCAGCACAUGCUCGAGGAGCACGGCGUCAAUCCCUACGUGUGCGUCCUGCGCGGCUGCAGCCGCUCCUUCUCGGACAU